UCCCUUAUUUGUACUCUCUUCUAUGUCUGAUUGAUUCAAAAGUCAAGUGACAGCCAUGGAAGUGAGAGGGGACGAGUCAACGGAAUUGGUAGUGGAAGAGUGGAGUGGCUCUUCAUCGACGAAGCUCUGCAGAACAGCUAUCAUCACUGCUUCUUCAACCUCUUCUUCUAUCGCUAUUCGAAGAUCAGGCAGCCGAUUCAACCAGCUCUGGACACGGAUUCUUCAAGCAUUCGUACCCGAGGGAUUUCCAAGCAGUGUGACUCCAGAUUAUCUUCCUUUUCAAAUAUGGGACUCAUUACAGGGCCUUUCCACUUACGUGAGGACCAUGCUUUCUACCCAAGCUCUUUUGAGUGCCAUUGGGGUUGGGGAAAAAUCAGCUACUGUUAUUGGGGCCACAUUUCAGUGGUUUAUGAGGGAUUUAACUGGAAUGCUCGGAGGGAUCUUGUUCACGUUCUAUCAGGGUUCAAACUUGGAUAGCAAUGCCAAAAUGUGGCGUUUAAUUGCAGAUCUCAUGAACGAUCUUGGAAUGUUGAUGGACCUUGUUUCUCCUUUAUUUCCUUCAGCAUUUGUGUUCAUAGUUUGCCUGGGGAGCUUAUCAAGAUCCUUCACCGGUGUAGCUAGUGGAGCAACUAGAGCUGCCCUGACACAGCAUUUUGCCCUUCACAAUAAUGCAGCAGAUAUAUCUGCCAAGGAAGGAAGUCAGGAGACACUCGCCACAAUGAUUGGGAUGGCUUUGGGAAUGCUUCUGGCACGGGUUACAAUUGGACACCCCCUAGCCAUAUGGCUUUCUUUUUUGUCCCUGACCAUGUUCCAUAUGUACGCAAACUACAAGGCUGUUCGGUGCCUUUCAUUAACUACACUGAACUGUGAAAGAAGCUCAAUACUUUUGCUCCAUUUUAUGAAGACUGGUGGCCAAGUUCUCUCUCCAGAGCAGGUCUCUGACAUGGAGCAUGUUUUACCAUUAUGGACCACUUCAUGGAUCUCGAAGAUUCCCAAGUUUUUGCAUACACGGGUACACAUAGGUGUGAGGGUUUCCUCACUUAACCACCAGGAAAUGACAAGCCUCUUGCAUUCUGCUCGAUCUCAUUACAAGGAAGCAAAGUACUUGCUGUUUGAGCAAAAGGGAGCCGUCAGCAUUGUUAUGCAUAAGGAUUCGACAGCUGCGAAUGUCUUGGAGGCAUUCUUGCAUGCUCUUGUCAUGGAAAAUCUUGAUGGCAAGGACAGAUCUUCACAUUUGGAGAGCCAUUCAUGGAUGGAUAAACACUAUGAAAAUUUUAUUCUAAAGCUGCAGUCAUUAGGGUGGAAAACAGAACGUCUUUUGUCAGCCUCAAUCAUUUGGAAGGCAAAUUGGAGGCUGGGGCCUUUGAAUGAAAAGAUUGACUAAGAAACUUCAGGUAUUACAUAAAUAUUGAUGUGUAGUGCUGGUGGAAUUGAGAUAGUGAAACUGAUGGGCCCAAUCAAGAACAAGAGAGAAAUAAGAGGGAACCCUAGAGAGAGGAUUUCUCAAUCAAUCAAUGUUCAAUAUCAAAAGUUGGUUACAAAGUCGGUUAUGACUCAUGAUAUAAGCUAUAUUAUCCCACUACUAAUUAUCACAUGCCAAGCAGAUGAUAUCCUACAUCAGAAACUAACAGCCAUUCUAUUUGAAGGGUAAAGCUGUCACUUUGAGGUAAUUGAUAGAUUCUGAAUUGCGGAGAUUAAUUUUGUUAGAUGAUUGACAACAUUAAUACAGGGAAACGGGGUCUGCUGUCUGAGAUUGCAAUGCAAAUCUGGCAAGAGUAACCAUUAUUUAUUACUAUUGUCUUAAAACUAUUAUGUCAUCACUGGUUUGGGGCUUCCAUUUCUGUUGGAGCUCUCAAUAUUCUGAGCAUAACUCUGGUACAUGUCUCUCAUCAGCUCAAGUUAAGCCUUCACUUUAUGGCAUUUUGAGUUAACUGUCGGUUUUGAAACUGCGGUGUUAGAAAUUGGAGUAAGACUUCACAAUAAUUUGGUUUUGCUUUCAGUGGAAGGUUGAUGUGUUACUCUA